CGCCACUGAAGUAGGUGUUUUCGUCAAUUAAAAAUUUUUUUUUCACAAUUUUGAUGAAAUUCAAGAGGUUUUUGGUAUAAAAAAGUAAAAUUAACGAGUUCUAGUCACAAAAGAGGCAAUUAUGGAGAUGGAAGGUCCCAGCAGCGAUCAAUCCCAUAACGAGCAGGGAGCAAUAAUCGAGGGGUUUUUGUGUCCCAUUUGCAAAAGUGAUCUCAAAACGAUCGAAAAGUUGACUUUGCACGUCGAAAGUAUGCAUUCCGAGCGUUCUCAGGGAAUCGGCAACGAUUACGACCACAAAAAGUAUUUUAAUUUAAUUAGAAAUCCAAUUCUCGAAAGGUAUUCAACGGAAACCAACACGCUGAUAAUUCGUUUGAACAAACUCCUGGAUAAUCGUCCCACGGAUCCUGCAGCACGAAAACAGCAUGAACAGGGCAUCGUGAUGUGGCUCGAUGGCAAAGAUGUCGCUUUGUGUCCCGAAUGUACGAAAAAAUUCAAUUUUGCAAGGCGGCAGCAUCAUUGCCGGUUAUGUGGGAGUGUCAUGUGUGACAAUUGUUCGCAUUUUUUCGAAGUUGACGACGCGAAAAUUCUUAUAGGGACUCAUGAUGACGACGAUCGGGUACAAAAAAAGCCUCUGAGGGACGAAAAAGAUUUGGAUAAAGAACCAGAAACGCUCCGAAUUUGCGGACAUUGCUUACGAUUGCUGCUAAAUCGAAAGGAAAUCAUCGAAACUCGCAUCGCAUCGCAUCCAAUCAAGCAAUUUUAUGAAAAAGUGCAAGAAAUUAAGAAACAAAUUGAACCAGAAAUCCCCGUUUAUAACAUGAUAAUUAAUUCUCUGUAUGAAGGCGACUCCAUUUACACAAUCCAAGACGCCAGUGCCUUACGCGGCAAAAUUUUACGCGAAGCCGAGCGAAUCGAUGACAUCAGCAAACGAAUUUUGGCAAUCCCAAGUCCGGCAGGAAGUCGCGAAGAAAGUCUCAAAAAAGCCAUUCGACUUGCGAUGAUUCGGUACAUCAAAGAGCAACUAAUGAACAUCCCAGAAAUCCCGUUGGAAGAAGAAAUAAAAAAAUUACAACUCAAAAGAACGCAGGAUUUGCAACAGCGGAUCGAACGAGAACGAAGACUGGCGUUGGAGGCAUAUGAACGAUACGAGCUCCACAGCACGAAUAAUGACACGGUGCGAUCGAGUCCGGCGUCGAAAAAGGGUUCGGCACUGAAAACAGUCGAUAAUUGGUCGGGAUAUCAAGAUACGAGUGUCAGUAGCAGUGAUCCGCUCGUGCAGCAAAUUAAUAUUGUAAAAGCGUACAUCAAGCAGGCGCGGGAAGCAAUGAAGUUUGAGGAAGUUGGCGCGUUGGAGAUUAAUUUGCGCGAGUUACAACAGGAGUUGUAUCGACAACAGCAGGAAAAGUCUUCGUAAAAAUAUUCUUUUAUUGAUAGAUCACACAAAUAAAUCGUUUAUAAAUACUUGAAACUUAGGUGCUAAUGAGAGUACUCUGUGUUUAAGUAACUGUUAAACUUACAUUUCGGUCAAUCAUCCUACGAGAGGUUGGGAAAAUAAUUGAAAAUGUUUUGGAUUUCAUUAAUUUCAAAGUUUUGGCAGGAUUUUGAGUGUCGAAUAUCGUUUAAGGUUCAUUUUAGAUCAGAAAAGUUCAUUUUUAGUACUUGAUAACUAAUUUUUAGUACUAAAAAAU